UGGGUGCAUGCAAGUGGGGGAGGGGCAGACUGGGGGACAGAGGAUCAGAAGCAGGCUUUGUGCUGAUAGCAGAGAGCCUGGUGUAGGGCUCGAACUCACAAACCUCAAGAUCCAGACCUGAGCCGAAGUCGGAGGCUUCACCAACUGAGCCACCCAGGUGCUCCGUCUGUCUCUUUUUUCUUAAUGCAAAUAGGAUCCCAGAUGGGCUUCAUUCUUUUGGUCCUUGAAAUACUCUUGGUCGUGAAAUGUCAAUCUGGAGGAAGUCUUGCACUCUUUAGAGGAGGAACCAUGUCCAGAGAGAAGUGGUCUUCUCAUUCAUAACCAGUGGCAGAUCUGGGAACUAGCAUACUGGAAUUACACAAGCCUUUGUUAAACCUUCAGUAGGCAAUCAAGAAAAUGAAGAGACGAAUGGGAUUCUGUAAAAGGUUGAUGGCCGAGUGGCUUCUGUGUAGGGUUUUAUGCUUUAUAAAUGCUUCCAUAGACAAUUGAACAAUUUGGGUCCUGCAAAAAUCCAGGAAGGUAAGUAUCUAACUAGGAAAUUAUUAACUCGUUUACAGUUAAGUCAAAGUCCAGCGACAGAAAAGUAUCUUUUGUAAAAACUGCACAGAAGUUAGUGGCAAAAUUGACAGAAUCUCAGUCCAACAGUAUCUAUUGUUAGGCGGCUAAACAAUAGCUGGGGCCGUGGCAAAUGCUUAGUAGGCAGCUUUAGAGUAAUUAGAAUGAGGUCCACCCGCUUAACGGUAGAUUUGUAGGAAGUCUCGGAGAGAGAGCGGCCAGCUUAUGUUUUUAACAACCUCGUGUCUCAAAGGCAGUUUCUAGGCAGCUCCAGAGAGCAUCCUGCCGGUGGGAGUUGACCUAGCUGGCUUGAGGCAGCACUGUCAGGAAUCUCACUGGUACAAAGGAACCUUGGCUUCCAAUUAGUGUGGGUAGAAAUGAAAAUUCUCUUUCCUGAAGAUCCCCAGGAACAGAAGAUCCUCCUUGGUCGUCUGGACCCUGCCUCUAAAAAUCAGCAGUGGCACUCGACCUAAGAACGUGACCUCUUCAGACCGCUGUUUCUUGAGGAGAAAGCGAGGGGGUUGGAUUUAAUGAUGUCUCCGUCUCUCGCAGAGACCCCAGGAUCGUCCAUCACGCGCCCACGACGUGCCUGGGACAGCGCGGGGUGCGGAGGGCGAUUUCUCUCGGGUCGCGCGAGACAAGUACUGCUUCUCACCCUAAGACUUGGUGUACCGUAGCGCCAAGUGCCACCACCAUGUCACACGCACACUCGAGUGGGAGCGUCAGAGUGGGGUUUAUACGUCUUGUUCCCCCGGAUCCCGGCACCAAGAGCGGUGCGGGCGCGUCCCUGAGUCGGACGGAUAGUUGCGGAACGACCGGGUCGAUCUGAGAGCGCGUCCGCGGGGCUGGAGCCGGAGGGAGAACACGGCGAGGGGAGCACCAGGGUGCCGCGGCGCCGCCCGGUCAUCAGCACCCGGGCUCGCCUCCGUUCCCUUCCCUUCCGAGCCCUGGACUCGAGUCCGGAGCCGGCGGCCAAAGCGUUAACGCUGCGCGGGGCCCCGGGAGGCCCUGCGGGCACCGAGGUCACCCCGCCCACGCGGGCUAUUGGCUCAGGAGAACAAAGGGGCCGCCCCGCGGGCUUCUCCGAUAGGGCGGAGCUGGUCAUCUGAGCCGCUCAGCCAAUCAGGCGGGGGGACGGCCCUGGGGACGGCCAGGCCCAUUAACCAAUCAAGAGCAGGUGCCCGCCCCGCCUGUCCCGGGACUGGCGGGGCCGGGGAGCCCAGUGCCCAAGUCGCCCCGGGGUGGCAGUUCCCGUUAACCUUAACCACAAAGUCAAGACGGCAGAGCGGGUGCCCGGAGGCCUCCGUGGAUGGAGGGUGGCCUGGCUGGUGCGAGCACAGAACUGCAUGGCGGGACCAGGAUGUGGAAGGUCAUGUCAAAGAAUGGAAAGAAGGGGCGCCUGGGUGGCUCGGUCGGUUAAGUGCCCGACUUCAGCUCGGGUCACCAUCUCCUGCUUUAGCCCCAACCCUCCCAGGAUAAACGUCGCGAUGAACCUAAGAUGGGGAAAGAAAUCAGCCGGUAGGGUACUACAGGAAGGAAGCCUCCAGUUCCAAGGGGCUGGUAUGAUGCGUGGACACCACACAUUCUGGGGCUGGGUCCUGACACAGACUUCGGAGAUGGGCCGGUGAUGAAGAUCAAGCAAGAGAAGCCCGAGUGGCUGCUGCAGACGCUGAUGCCGCAGGCCGUGCUCUCCGAGAAGGAUAAGGAAAACAUUUUCCAGCAGCAUCGGGGCCUCUCGCCUUGCCAGACCGUGGGGAAGCCUCGGGCCCUGGGGGGACAGGAGGAGCCUGGGGGUCCAAGAUGGGCCCCUCCCCCUGAGCAGGCGGGGGGGCUGGCGGGCCGGGCUCUCUCUGCCGGCGAGGGUCACUUCGUGUGCCUGGACUGCGGGAAGAGGUUCAGCUGGUGGUCGUCCCUGAAGAUCCACCAGCGCACCCACACCGGGGAGAAGCCGUACCUGUGCGGCAAGUGCGGCAAGAGCUUCAGCCAGAAGCCCAACCUGGCGCGCCACCAGCGCCACCACACGGGCGAGCGGCCCUUCUGCUGCCCCGAGUGCGCGAGGCGCUUUAGCCAGAAGCAGCACCUGCUCAAGCACCAGAAGACCCACGCGCGGCCCGCCACCCACUCGUGCCCCGAGUGCGCGCGCUGCUUCCGCCACCAGGUGGGCCUCCGCAUCCACCAGCGCGCGCACGCCCGGGACCGCCUGGGCGCCCGCGCGGGGCUGCAGGAGUUGCUGCGGGACGCCGCCGCCGCCGCCGCCGCCCGCAGGGGCUGUGGCCUGCGGCUCGGGCCGCCGCGGGGCCGCCCCGAGUGGGCCUGGCUGGGGCUCUGCCAGGGCUGGUGGCGCCAGGCGGGGGCCCGGGCCGCAGUCGCCGCCGCGGGGCCGGGCGAGCAGCGCCAGUUCAUCUGCAACGAGUGCGGCAAGAGCUUCACGUGGUGGUCGUCCCUGAACAUCCACCAGCGCAUCCACACGGGCGAGCGGCCCUACCCGUGCCCCGAGUGCGGCCGCCGCUUCAGCCAGAAGCCCAACCUGACGCGGCACCUGCGCAACCACACCGGCGAGCGGCCGCACCCCUGCCUGCACUGCGGCCGCAGCUUCCGCCAGAAGCAGCACCUGCUCAAGCACCAGCGCACGCACCUGCCCGGCGCCCAGGCGGCGCGCUGCCCCAGCUGCGGCCAGAGCUGCCCCAGCCGCGCGGCCCUGCGCGCCCACCAGCGCGCGCACGCCGCCCCCGCCGCCGCGCCGCCGCGCCCCGGGCCCGCCGUGCGCAGCGAGCCGCAGGCCGAGGCGCCCCCGGGGCUGACGGCGCCGCCGCGCGGCCCCCAGGCGGCCCGGGGCCCGGGCGGCGCGCCGUGGGGCCGGGCGCGGGCGGGCCUGGCCGGGCCGGGCGAGCCCCGCCAGUUCAUCUGCAACGAGUGCGGCAAGAGCUUCUCGUGGUGGUCGGCGCUCACCAUCCACCAGCGCAUCCACACGGGCGAGCGGCCCUACCCGUGCCCGGAGUGCGGCCGCCGCUUCAGCCAGAAGCCCAACCUGACGCGGCACCGGCGCAACCACACGGGCGAGCGGCCCUACCUGUGCGCCGCGUGCGGCCGCGGCUUCAGCCAGAAGCAGCACCUGCUCAAGCACCAGCGCGUGCACCGGGGGGCCCUGGCGCCCACCCCCAGCGCCAAGGACCAGGCGCUUUAGUGCGCCUCGGACCCAAGCGGACUCGUGGGGGCGGGAGGGGAUGUCUGUGGGGGUGCGCGUGGCCAGGAAUGGUGGCUCCUACGACCCCAGGGUGUAAACCCCCGUCAAAAGGCGAUUUCCUCCAGGCUCCGAAGGCUAGAGAACAGAAUUCCAGUAGCAUCCCAAAGGGGGCAGGUAGAGGUCCCAGUGUGGGCUCAGGGAGGACGUAAGACGAAGCAUUCCUCACUCAGGAGGCCGGAUGUGUCCGUCUGUCCCUCGGAGGUGGGAGGGAGGUGGGGAAUGGCCCAGGGGUCGACUGAUUGUCCCAUGCAGGCUGCCGGACGGCCAGAGGCCAGUCUAGUGCGGGCAGUUUUAACAGACGCGCUGGUAUAGCAAGGACAGAAGCCAAGCAGUCGCGGCUGAGGAGGGUCAAGCACAGCCCCAAUGUCAAGGGCAGUGCCUGGCACUUAAUGGCCAUUCAGUGCAUAUGUUUGGAAGGACUGAAUGGCUCUGCGGUCCUUCUCAACCCUGAGUGCCCCAAAGCCCAGGGUGCUGCCACAGCGGGCUGGACGUUGGGACUGGUAUGGGUGUGGUGGCCGGACUGGCACGAGAGGGGUGGGUGGCAGCUGAGGUUCAGUAGCUUGGGGAGGGGCCCACAGCAGGAAAAGAAGCCCUCGUGUGGCACUCCCAGUGGCCGUCACUGACUUGGAUCCUUCUCAAUGUCAGUGUUGCAGAAGAGAAAAAAAUGAAGGAUGGACUGUCUC